AUGGACGACUACGACGAUCAGGAUGAGCUUGGGGAGCUUCCGGCUCCCGGCCCUGCACACGCCGGCGGCGGCGGCGGCAGUCUUGGGUCUGGGUCUGGGUCUGGAGGAGGUGCGGGGCAGAAAUCGUUCGAGAAGGUGAUCAGGAGACGGAGUAGUAAAGCGUGCGACCAAUGCCGCAAGUCCAAAUGCAAGUGCGAGCGCGCAAGUGAGAACGAGCCGUGCAAGAGCUGCUUGAUGCUCGGAACGCCAUGUACGUUUCUCGGCCCGUCGCGCAAGCGUGGCCCGCCGAAGGGCUACAUCGACGCGAUCGAGGCGCGUUUGCAUCAGACAGAGGCUCUCAUCGGGAUCAUGAUCGCCGCAAACGACGUGCGUGCGCGGGGGCUACUUGAUGAUCUUGCGCAGGAUGCCCUCGCAAGAGAGAUCAUCGAGCGUGUUGACAAUUCGCCGUACGGCGUCAAGGGCCGCAGCCGUGGUGCUGAGGCCGUCGGCGGCAAUCGUGCCCGCGUUGUCUCUCAAUCACAGUCACAGUCAGGCGAUGGUGAGGGAGAAAAUGGCGACUCGCCAUCAUUGCAGUCAACUCACCCGUCAAACGAAUGGCAAGACCGUGUCGCGGCGCGCCUGAAUGCGCUCGCACUCGCCCGAAAACAGAACGCGUACGCGCCAGGCGAUUCGCCUGUCUUGCAGUACCCCUCCGCUCCGUCCGCCGCGGCGUACGAUUCGGACCGGCCGCCGUCAGGCUCCAACCUCAACGCGAGUUUCGACUCACCGACAAAUACGAGCGCACGGCCCUCGUUGUCCAUCAUACCCCCUGGCCCAGGAAUCAGUCGCCGAUCGCUCUCGCCUGCGCGCCGCCAGCGAAGGCGAGUCGGUUCCGUCUCGCUUUCCGCAUCGUUUUCCGGCCCGGAGUCGCAUCCGCGCCCGCACUCGCACUCGCAAUCCCGUUCGCGCUCGCCAACAGGCUCCGCGAGUUUGUCGCCGAACGUGCAUGCCCAUUUGCGGGAUAAAGUCUGGAUGCCCGAUGUACUGGACGAGAGCUCGGAGGAUGACGAGCUCGCGGCCGAGGUGGGUCAGUUGAGCUUGAACGAGGAGAGGGAGGUGCGAUACCAUGGCAAGGCCAGCGGACUCCAUUUGUUGCAUGUAAAAGACCGCCAGGACGGAAGGAGCGAGGGCGGGAUUUGGCGGUUCCCGAAGGCAGGCGUGUGGCCCCCGCUACGGUGGGCAGUACCGCCGCAGAUCGAAGAGGAUAGCGACUUUCACCUACCAGACAUGCCGAUGCAGGAACAUCUGCUUGAGCUAUACUUCACGUACGUUCAUCCCUCGCUACCGAUCGUCCACAAGCAGCAAAUCGCUCCCGCUGAAGGCUCCCCUAACUCAAACGGCUCCGACCCCACAUCCCCUUCUAACAACUCAUCGCCCCUUGGCCACCGGCGCUCAUGCAUUCCACCUCUCCUCCUGCUCGUCAUGUUUUCAAUUGCUUCGCGAUAUACCUCGCGCGACUCACCUGCGCCUGCGGCUGGCAUGCUCUGGCCCGCAGGUGACCUGUACCUCGCCCGCGCCAAGACGCUCCUGAACCGCUCGUACGCGAGCUCGCGUUCAAGCACAUGUCAGGCGCUCUUGCUUAUGGGCUACCGCGAGAUCGGUAUCGGCGCGAUGGCGCAGGCAUGGCUCUACGUUGGGAUGGCAGUGCGGAUGGCGCAAGACUUAGGUAUACACAAGAGUGCAGAUCGAUGGCAGCACGUCGGCACAUCGUUGUUUAGCCCCGCGGAACUGCAGGAGAGGAGGCGGAUAUGGUAUGCGUGCGUGGUCAUGGAUAAGUACGUCUCGACGUACAUUGGUCGGCCGCUGUCCAUCUUUGAGAGGGACUUCAAUACUGAACUGCCCAGCCUGGACGAGCCUGAAGAAUUGGAAGAAUGGCGGCCAUACUCGUCAGACUCAGUCAUCUAUGAAGAAGAUGAACGGGAGCCCUCACUUCCUCUCGUCUCCGUCACGGGGCACAUCAUCUCAAGUUUCAAUGCGUCCGCCACUCUCUCUAUCAUUCUAAGUAAAAUUGUCCAAGCGCUGUACGCCGUGCGAUCCGGCCCUGGGCGGCACUCCGAGGCGUUGCGACUCGAGGAGCUCCUGGGAAAAUGGUUCCUUGAGCUUCCAGACCACUUGCGCUUCGAGCCUGGUAGUGUGAAAAGGGGGAUGACGCCCCCGCCCCACGUUUUGACGCUGCAUAUGCAGUACUGUAUUCGAUAUGUGCUAGAAGUCAAGGACAAAAGGUCUGGCUCUCGGGAAGAUCCUGAGGUGCUCGCGAUUUCUCAGAAGAAUUGCGAUCAGUGUGUGCAGGCGGCGAACCACAUCACUUCGAUCGUGGCGACAUACAAGGAAAACUACUGCAUCAAACGCGCCCCCGUAUUCUUAUCGUAUUAUGUAUUCACCGCCGGCAUCAUGCAUGUUACCACGCUCACUGCCUACCCGGAAGACCCGCAGGCUCGACUCGGCCUCACAACGAUCAUGAACGUGUUGAAAGCAUUGGAGAUCGUGUGGCCGAGCGCGGGUCGUGCCUGGGAACUUUUACAUGGGUCGAAGGUGAAUCUGAACGCCGACGAGGCAGAUAUGGCAGAUGCGAGGGCACAUGCCCCGCGGCACAAGCGAUCUGCGGAGCAUUUCUUGGAGGACGCCCACUUCUUCGCUGGCGCGCCGAUGUCGCGGCAACCGAACACGAUUCCGACACAAGGCUACCCGCUCUCCGCACUCGCGGCGUCAAUGCCUCCGAACGCAAGCCCCACGUCACAUUCGAGUGGAAGUGGCAGUGCAGGGAUCAGUAAUAUGCCGUAUUACUCCUCGUACGACCGCUGGCCCGGUGACGGAGGCCUCGGGUCGUUCGCCGGAAGCCUGUCGACGUCGGUGCUGCCGCAGCAGUAUAGCACGGGCUUCGUCGACGAGCGGUCACGUGGGGCACCACCCGAAUCCGGCGGGAGCGGAGUGGGCACUCAGCGAUAUCCUCAAUAUUGGAACGACUAUUCGACUCUGGGGCAGUUGAGUGCGCCUUACCUGCCCAUGUUACAGGACCAGUUGCAGUCGGCAACGCCAUCACAGCAGCCGUCAUCGCAUCAGUCGUCCACGCAUCAGGCUCAGGUCCAUGGGAAACUAUCACAGCAGCAGAUUUACCUGCAGGACCAGUACCAGAUGUUCAAUAAUCUAGCACCUCCGAACACAUAAUAAUGAUUUCGUCGCGUCUCUUCAUAAAGCUCACUUUGCUCUUUUCGCUGUGCAUGUAUAUCACAAUCACUCCGUUGUUUCACCUUUCCUUGCCCACGCAACUAUCGUAUGCCUCCCGUCAACAGUUGUCUUACUUCCACGCACUAUCCAAAACUAUUUCACGAUCUCUCCCGCUUAUAGUAAUUAUAUAUACGUGACAUCACAAUCUAGCACCUUUCCCUGUGUGCAUCACAUAAACUAUGUUGUAGUCUGUAGUAUGUUCGCGAACCAUAUCGCUGCCCACCCGUUUUUUCCC